AUGGAGGACGCAGCAGAGGACAGAGGCAGGAUGACCAGCCAGCAGGCUCUGUGUGACCCCGAACAGAAGACCAAAAAACACCCCGGCAUCUCCACUCUCAAACUGUUUAUUGUGGCGCUGUCCUUCGCCUGUUUCUCCAAGGCUCUGACAGGAACCUACAUGAAGAGCUCCAUCACUCAGAUUGAGAGACGUUUUGACCUCUCCAGCACCCACAUUGGACUCAUAGAUGGCAGUUUUGAGAUGGGCAACUUGUUGUUUCUUGCUGUGGUCAGCCAUUUUGGGGCCAAGCUGCACCGGCCCAGACUCAUUGCUGUGGGCUGCUUUCUCAUGGCUGUAGGAGCCUUCCUCACUGGGCUGACGCACUUCUUCAUGGGACGCUACAAGUAUGACACAAUCAUUCAGAUUGUCCAUAAUGACAGCAUGAACAUCGCUGCCUGUCUGGAUCCUCUGAAAACAGAAGAUAUGCCCGAAAUUCGGAUAGAGCCCUCUUUGGAAGACAGCAGAGCCUGUGUGAGAGAGUCUGGGUCCAACAUGUGGAUCUACGUGUUCCUCGGGAACGCUCUGCGGGGGAUUGGAGAGACCCCGGUCACACCUCUGGGCAUCUCCUACAUCGACGACUUUGCUAAAGCAGAAAACUCACCCUUCUAUAUAGCUUGUCUCCAGACCAUCACUCUCCUGGGCCCCAUGUUUGGUUUCCUCCUGGGCUCCUAUUGUGCCAAACUGUACGUGGACAUUGGAUAUGUUGACAUGGAAAGUGUGAGCAUCACCCCUAAAGAUGCCCGCUGGGUGGGAGCCUGGUGGAUGGGCUUCCUGGUAUCGUCCGGCCUCCUGCUCAUCUCCAGCAUUCCCUUCUGGUUCCUGCCCCGCUCGCUGCCAAAGCAGGAGGGGGACAAGGGCGGGAGCGACGCCCUGGGUGGGACAGAGGACGCCCUCAACAACAAUCACAACCUCAAGCUGACUGACAUCGCUAAAGGGUUUAUUCCCGCGCUGAAGCGCCUGUUGGGAACCCCUGCCUACUUCCUGCUCCUUUGUGGCAGCAUCCUGAAGUUCAACUCUUUCAUCGGCCUGUUCACCUUCAAAGCCAAAUACAUGGAACAACAGUUUGGACAGUCUGCAUCCAGAGCCAACUUCCUCAUAGGUGUGUUGAACCUGCCAGCGGUGGCCGUGGGGAUCUUCCUGGGAGGGCUGCUGAUGAAGAGGUACAAACUGAGCCUGGUGUCAGGAGCUCAGCUGUCCUUUGCCACGUCCUUCUUGGCGUACCUCCUCCUGCUGCUGCAGUUUGGCACCAAGUGUGACAACAUUCCUGUGGCUGGGCUCACCAUCUCAUACAACGGGACGCAGAGUGUGUCAAACAACAGGGAUAUGCUCUUCUCAGAGUGUAACAGAGACUGCUCGUGCUCAGCAGAGGAGUGGGACCCCGUCUGCUCAGACAGCGGCAUCACCUACAUCUCUCCAUGCAUGGCCGGCUGCCUCAGCUCCAGCGGAUACGGCAAGAACACAGUCUUUCACAACUGCAGCUGUGUGUCCGCCUCCUUCCCAGCAGGCAGCAGCACGUCCGUGAGGCUGGGCCAGUGUCCUCAUGCUAAGGACUGCAGCCGAAGCUUCACCUCUUACAUGGCUGUGUCUGUCCUCAGCUCCUUCAUCAACUCUCUGGGAGCCACACCUGGCUACAUGGUCAUCAUACGGUGCAUCUCACCAGAGCUCAAAUCCCUUGCUCUGGGUAUGCAGGCUUUGGUAACUAGGACUCUUGGUGGAAUUCCUGCACCGGUGUAUUUCGGAGCCCUGAUUGAUUCGACUUGCCUGAAGUGGUCGAUGAAGAAGUGUGGGGGCAGGGGAGCAUGUCGCAUUUAUGACUCGACUAUGUACAGGAUCAUCUUCUUGGGUCUGAUCACUUGUCUCAGUGGUUCCUCGUAUUUCUUCAUCAUUGCUGUCAUCGUCCUCCUUAGGCGACAGUUUCGGAAACCAGAGCGAGAAACAGAUAUGCCGCACGCAAAAUCUUCAAAGGAAAUUGAACUUCAGGCCCCAUCAAAUCCAAAUGGGGACCAGCCUAGUGCUACGAAAGUUCCCAAACCGCCAAAAGUCUGUGUAAGGAUCGCAACACAAGUGGAGGAGGGAGGGGAGGUUCACAGAACAGAGCAGCUACCCGAAGACAGCCGACUCGUCUCCACAAAUACCACCCAGGAGAGGCAACAGGUCAAAUCCCUGACAGAGACCACUGUUGAGUUUACUCCUCUUCCAAGUGAGGAAGUAAAGAUAGAGUCGGACAGGCAGAGGUCAGAGGAGGUGGUGAAAGAGGGAAAAGACGAGUCUUGCAACGAGACGAAUGCAUGUGUGGAAAAAGGGGAGCUGGACCAUCAUAAGGAGGAGAAGGAGUUAGAGACACACAGCAAAGACACUGCGUGCUCACAAAAUUAA